AUGGCAGAAGCAAAUGGAAAACCAGCUCGCUAUGCACCAGAAGAACUCAUAGUCUCUGAAGCCACGGUGGAUGAUCGAGAGUACCUUGCAGAAGGUUACUACGCCUGCUUCGACGACGAAUGGCACAGGCAAAUGGAACCCCCAGACCGCCGCCCUGCCGACUGGCAAACCUCCCGCAUCACCCGUGUAGCCACGCGCAUGCUGCCCUGGUUCUCAGAACCACACGUGCGAUUAGCAAAAGUCACGCUCUCGCCCUCUUCGCCCUCUUACGACCCCGCAGCGCCCAAUCGCAUCAUUGGCCAUGCGAUGUGGUUACUCCCCGGCCGCACGUCCAAGGAAAUCAUCAAUUUCUGGCGGAGAGAUGCAAGUGAUUUGCUGGGGUGGAAGGAGAAGAUGGGAUGGACAAAAGAAUUCGAGGACGAGCUUUGGAGUACGUUUGACGUGGAUGCUUGGCAGAAUCUUGAGUUUUUGCCGUGGGAUAGGGCUAGAGAGUACUAUAUGAAAGGAAUUGGUCAUUGGCAUCUCGCGCCCAUCUGGGUUCUUCCUGAACAUCAGGGUCGAGGCAUUGCGUCGCUGCUUCUGAAGGACGCGUUUAGUCUUGCGAAGAAAGUUGAUCCGCCACAGCCGUUAUAUCUAGAGGCUAUGCCCGAUGCGAGGCCGGUUUACGUGAAGCAUGGUUAUCUGGCGUUUGAUGGGGAAGGGAAGGAGUUUGCGAUGAUCAAAAACCCGCCAGAGUCAGUCAAGUCGCUGUUGCAGAAGCAGUAG